GAACAGAUCUUGUAUUUCAUUCACUUAAAUAAUAUUUCUAAACUUGAAUCGGACAAAAAGUCCUUAGAAAGUACUGAAAGUACUAGAAACAGAUUUUAUAUUUUAUUCGUUUAAAUAUAUCUAAGCAUGAAUCGCACAAAAUUUCCUGCUUUUAUUAACAUAUUCACGAUUGGAAAUGUUUAAAUUAAUUAAGAAAAAUAAACUAAGUGUCAUGAAAUUUGUAUUGAAAGAAAUUUGAAGAAAUUAUACUCACAUCCGUCAUUCGUGCCCACUGACAAACACACAUUAUCACAAAUGAGGUACAUGUAUUCACAGGCCUCUACUAUGGCAUUAACCGUUCAAAUCGAACGCAACGCCAUUGCGCUGUUCAAAUUUUGCGUCGAGAAGACGAACUACAUUUGAGCGCAAUGUGCAACUGUCUUGUACACUUUGUGCAACUUUAGAUUCCGAAGUCAGCAAACCCAACUUUACUGAUACUUGUUCGUCGAAACGUUACUUUUUUCCAUACAAACAUAUUAAAUUAUAUUACAGUAUAAAUAAGAAAAAUGAAUCCGGAUAAGGAAAAGCAAUUUGGUAAAGGAAGAGGAUCUAUUUUUUUGAAACUUCUAAAAGAAAAAGAAAAAUCUGAAAGUGCAGCUCAAUCACGAAGUAUAGUAGAGCAAAGUAGCAGCAUCGAAGAAUCAGAACAACAAAAUCAAGUCCUCCAAUCUCAUGUUCCUACUUUAACUGAAAUUCCUACAACAGGACAUGGAAGAGCUAGUUUAUUAAGCAAAGUAAAAGCAAUGCGUUUUGCUGAAGCACAAAGUCCUAAGCCAAUACAAGUAGCAAGUCAAGGUAGAGGAGCAUUGAUUAGCAAACUUAAAGCCAUUAGCUUAGCUGAACAACCAAGCGUUGCCUUACAACCUUGUAUUGAUGCAGGAGUACUAGGUACAUUAUCUGAGUAUGCAAUACAAGAAGGCACAAGUUCUUCUGAAUUAUCUCGUCCAAUAAAACCAAAACUUCGACAAGGAACUAGUGGAAGUCCGAUACAAUUAAGUGGCAAUUACAUAACUCUCAAAUUAAGUCCUGGGAAAGGAUUGUUUAAUUAUGAAGUUAAGUUUAUUCCGGAUAUUGAUUCAAGGCCACUUCGUAGAAAACUUCUUAAUCAGCAUUUAGAAACAUUUGGUCGAACAAGAGUAUUUGAUGGAGUAACACUAUUCUUACCACAAAAGUUACAGAAAGAUAUAACUACACUUGAAUCUAUUCACCCUAUGGAUCAGUCAAAAGUGGAAUUAAAAGUAAUAUAUAAAAAACAACAAACUAUGUCUGAGAAUAUUCCAUUUUUCAAUAUUCUACUUGGUCGUGUUUUGCGAGCUCUCAGUUUAGUUCGUAUUGGCCAAAAUAAUUUUAAUCCAAAAGGAAUACAAGCUGUACCACAACACAAGUUAGAAGUGUGGCCAGGCUAUGUAACAGCAAUUAGUGAAUACGAAGGAGGCUUAAAGUUAUGCAUAGAUACACGACAUCGUAUUAUGCGUACUGAAACGAUACGUGAUAUAAUGGUCAAGUUUGGAGGAAAAUCAAAUUUUAAAGAUAGUAUUCUGAAGGAAUUAAUUGGACUAUCUGUUUUUACAAGAUAUAAUAAUAAGACUUAUCGCGUUGAUGACAUUGCAUGGGAUAAAAAUCCAACGUAUGAAUUUGAGAAAGGAACUGAAAAAAUUUCUAUAUUAGAUUAUUAUAAAUAUCAUUGGAACUUAGAGAUAAAAGACAUGAAUCAACCACUUUUAGUUCACUGUGAGAAUUUUAAAUCAUCUACUGGUGAAACACAAGAAAAAAUUAUAUUAUUAGUUCCUGAAUUAUGUUACUUAGCAAGUUUGAGCGAAAGCGUCCGUACAGAUUUUAGAAUAAUGAAAGAUCUCAUGACAUUGACUCAAAUGACUCCAAAUGCCCGACGUGAUGUAAUUAGACAUUUUAUAACAGAAGUACAAAAUAAUAAUGUGCCACGAGAAAUAUUAGCUGAGUGGGGUUUACAACUGGAAUCUGAUGUAACGGAAUUUACGGGCAGAAUGUUUGAACCUGAAUGUAUUAUCUUUGGUAAUAAUGCAAGAUUUACAUCUUCAACUGAACGUGGUGCAGAUUGGAGUUCUGCAGUGACUAGGAAUACUCCUUUAAGAAUUCCUAAUUUGAAUCAUUGGUAUGUCUUGUAUUGCCAAAAAGAUACAAGAUGUACACAAGAGUUUGUUGGUAUGCUCAAGAAUGUUUCAAAAGUCAUAGGUAUGUCUAUUAAAGAACCACAUUUGGUUUGCUUAAAAGACGAUAGAAUUGAAACAUAUGUGCAAGCAUUAAGAAAAAACAUUCAGCAAACAGUUAACUUAAUGGUCAUUGUGUUUCCUACAAAUAGAACUGAUAGAUAUUCCACAAUAAAAAGAAUAUGUUGUGUAGAAAUGCCUGUACCUUCCCAAGUAAUUAUGUCUAGAACUAUUUCUCGUGGUGACAGAUUAAAAAGCAUAACAGAAAAAAUUGCUUUACAAAUUAAUUGUAAGCUGGGUGGAGCACUUUGGGCACUGAAUAUACCUAUGGACAAUUGCAUGAUAUGUGGUAUAGAUGUAUAUCAUGCAGGUGCUGGCCAAUCAAUGAAAGGAAGUGUUGCAGGCUUUGUAGCAAGCCUAGAUAAGGCAUUGACUACUUGGCACAACAAAGUUUGUAUACAAGGUAAACGCCAAGAAAUAGUAGAUAUGUUGCAAAUGUGCUUAAUUUCAGCCAUAAGAGCCUACUAUAAGCAUAAUAAACGUUACCCAGAUCGUAUUAUUAUAUAUCGAGAUGGAGUUGGCGAUGGACAAUUAGAGGUCGUUCUUAAAUAUGAGAUAAAACAACUAUUAGUAACAUUUAAAACUGUACAAGAAAAUUAUGAACCAACAUUGACCGUAAUAAUAGUUCAAAAACGCAUUAAUACCCGAAUAUUUGAGAGAUCUGGUAUGGGAGUAAAGAAUCCUCCUUCAGGAACAAUUGUAGAUUCCUGCAUAACAAAAUCAGAUAUUUAUGAUUUCUUCUUAGUUUCUCAAAAUAUACGUCAGGGUACAGUAUCGCCAACUCGUUAUAUCGUUAUAUAUGAUAAUAAAAAUAUGAAACCUGAACACAUACAACGACUGACAUACAAGCUAUGUCAUUUAUACUACAAUUGGGCAGGCACUAUAAAAAUUCCAGCUCCUUGUCAAUAUGCACACAAACUUGUUUCUCUUGUUGGUCAAAAUAUACAGCAAGAACCACAUCAAUCGCUUGCUGAUACAUUAUAUUACUUGUAAGUUAUUUUUAUCUAUGACUGAUUUACUUUUCUAGGAAAUUGUUGAUUAAAGCUGUGUAUCAUACAACUCAUAAAUCAUAGAUAAUUCUAA